GUGGGGCAUAGACAGACUUCUCGACCGAGUAGACUUAUAUAUGACCUUUCCGAGCCCCAGUUGAUGGAAUCGUAAAUUCUCCAGCGAUGGCGCCUCCUAGAACUGUCAUAGAGCUUUUGACCAUUCCGAAUCCCGUUGUUACACUCUCUGAACGUCACCGCGCUAAAUCUACUUCUGUCAGCAAGCGAAGUUACUACCCAACGGUCCGGAGACUCAAACCAUGGACGGAAUUUUCGAUCAAAACUCUACAAGUGCUCUUCGAUAAGCGACUUUGGGUAUUACUGAAAGCAGAAACGCCGAAUCUUUGUGUGCCUAUGGAAGUUGAUGCGAACAGUCGUACAAUUGUGGAAGAGAGAUCAAUCGAAGCUCUUGUGCUCAAGUGGAACCACACAAUUAUUGAUCAUGCCCUCAGUAAAACGGCCGUCAGGUUUUUGGGACAAAAUGUCCAUAUGGUGAUUGGACCUCAAUCUACCCUGACGUUUGAUGAGCAUAAAACAAAACCUGAUUGGGGGGCAAUAUGCGAUAGGCAGCAGCACAGUUCGAUCCUACCAGGAGACUCCAAAUGUGGUAUCAAAUGGCAUAGCUCGCAUUUAGAUGGCCUUGUCAACAGGAAACGAGAUUUCGCGGUCCCUCAAGGCCUUCAACAUGCUCUAUGGCCAAUCCGUCAGGUUCUUUACUAUUGCAUUUCGAGUAACACUCGGUAUGGCUACAUUAUUACUCACCAAGAGUUAGUGGUUCUACGGUGCAGCUACCGCCCUGACAGUCAUCUACCUGACCUCCAUGGAAAAGAGCUUAGACAGCAUAUUCAAGACAACGCAUCAGUGGAGUACCGAUCGAUCUCCUGGCACGCAAAAGGGAAUGAAGCCCUUACGGUGAACCUAGCAAUCUACGUUUUGCACAUACUUGCAACGAAUAAUGGCCAAUUGACCAAUGAGCCUCAUGGUCCAUACUGUCCUUUGAUAGACGAAAAGCUUCUUCCAAUAGAGUCACAACCCUUGCUAGUAUCAGUCCCUAGCCAGAACAGCUGUCUAAGUCAAGAUGCAAAAAGCUUCUCACAGCAGGUUGAAAAUGAUGAUUCCCAAACGCAGGCCAAAAGAAACGACAAAAGUAGAAAUGGGGAUGAUUCUACUCAGGAUGAAGUUAGAUCAGCAACGCAGCGCUCUCGGAAAAGAGCUCGAGACUCUGACGACGACGAUACUCUGGCUCUGAGCAUGGCAAGCUCCAGAAGUGAGAGGAAGAAGAUAUCGCAAACUCUUCGCCGGAGCAAGAGACAUCGCAUAUGAGAGUCUUACGUUACGAUGCCGAGCACAUGGGAACUACAAAACGGAGGUAGGGAGUGUCACAGGCUACUGCGUUCGCGAGGGAACUUCAAAACUUCCGAUUACAGGUCUUAUAGCUGUAAAAGCAAGACCAUGACCAUUUUAUGGCAUAUUG